AUGACACCAAAACAACUUACUCAGCCUCUACAAGGUUGGCGAAGAAGAGACACCAGUUACUAUGUUAUUGAUACGUUAACUCACUUUUUCGCAUCUAAUUUCAUAUUUAUUACCAAUAAAAAUAUUAUAAUUCGUAUUUUCAAGUGCCAUCUUUUCAUGCCUAAUCUUGUAUUUACUAACAUUAAGAAACAAUCUAUAUUUGAUAGAUAUUUACGCGAACGGUAUCGACAUGGUUCCUCCAUCAUUAUUUUUGCACUUGGUUUUCAUAAAGUAACUAUUAUCGGAAAACUAGCAAGCCCGGAGGAAGCAAGUAUUAUCGUGGCCGCACCUCAUUCCUCAUUCUAUGAUGUUCUACUAAUACAAUAUUGCCGAUUUUUCGCUUCUAUCGGAAAGCAAGAGUUUCUUAAUAAUCCCAUUCUACGUUCUAUUUCAUCUAUCAAUCAAGGAAUUUAUGUUUCAAGAUCUAGUUCGAGUACUGAAAAAGAAAGCAUCAAUAAAAUAGUGGGUAAUCCGAAUAAAAGUGCAAUAAAAUGGCCGCAAUUAUUAAUCUUUCCCGAAGGAGCAUUUGUUCCUGGUGUUCCAGUGCAACCAGUUACUAUCCGAUAUCUUAACGAAUUAGACACCUAUACCUACGUUUUUGGCGGAUAUUCUCGAAAUUUAUCCAUUCCUGUUACUGACUGUGCUUAUGAGGAUGCUUGCCUUUGCAUCAACGCCACUGCCUAUCAUUUGCCAAGGGAAAGUGGUUUAAUUGAAUUCUCAAAAUUAAAUCGAGAACUUGGACUGUCAUUUAGUGACGCAAAGUGCCAUCUACAAAAAUUUGCGAGUAUCGACCUAAAUAGAGAUGGAAAAAUUGACAUUGAAGAAUUAGCCCAUUACCUACAACUGGAAAUGUCAUGUCUUUUACCAAUCUUUUCGUUACUAGAUUGGAACACAGCUUUCACCAAGAUCGACCAAAUCGGUCAAAAAGACGAAAAUGAUUUCCAGGACUUUAUGUUGCAGCUCUUUCCCUAUCUCAGCUCUGAUCAAAUAAGAACAUUCUUACUCUAUCUUUUAGAGCAGCAUGGGGAUGGAAUUACCGUGGCUUGGCUUAGCAAUAGUUCUUCUGGUUAUGAAUCUGACUUAACUACAAGAACAUCUCAAUCUGUUACAGCUCGUGAUAAACUAAAGAAAGAAUCGCAAGAAUACAAAAUUUAUUGGUCGCCUGCUUUGUAUUUAGAAAUAUUUGCGACCGAUAAGUUCAUGGAUGAAGAUAAAGCCCUUUCUAGUGAAAGUAAUUGUAGCGAACAAAGCCUUGAAGAUAGCCAAAUGCAAAGUGAGGCCAGCAAGACUGAUGAAGGAACUGAUCAAGACGUAUGUUGUUCUACGACUUCAGCUGAAAUGAAGGAGAUGAAAUCUAGCAUGGCUUCCAAACAUCAGCUAUUAUUAGAAUUUAAAAUUAAAGAACUCAUUGAAACAGAAAAAUCUUAUGUUUCCGAUUUGGAUAUCCUGAUCAAGCAUUACCUUCAUCCAUUUCAAAACGACUGGAAAAUUAUGAUGGAUGUAGGAGACAGCGACGAAAUAUUUCUCAACAUCGAUGAAAUAUGGGAAUUUCAGGCGUGGGUUACUUAUCUAUAUUUUGAUGAAUUAUUUAAUCCUUGCCAUUCCUUCCUUCGGUCCCUUGAAAGCUGCAAGGGCAAUCUUGUUCGCAUAUGUGCCACGUUCAUAACUAAGGAUUGUUUAAAUGGAUUUGAAAAUAUUUAUGGAAAAUAUAUAUGUAGCUAUGAUAAGGCCGUUGCUACAUUGCAAAGAAUUAUGAAAGAGGAUACUAUCGAAACUUUUUUAAAUGAAUGUCGUGAAAAUACUGGUACUAACCUGAGCUUAGAAUCUUACCUUGUUAAACCUUUACAAAGAUUAUUGAAGUAUAAAUUAAUCUUGGAGGAAAUACUCAAGUAUUUGGAUGGUUCAGUGAAAGAUCAGGGAAUUGUAAAAGCGGCUAUCGAAUUUAUGUCAACGAUAGCAGAUCGAGUGAAUGAGAGUAAAAAAUUAUAUGAUAUGGCGAACAGCAUUCAGUGUAUCACCAACUUGCAAGAAAACUACGGGGAUUUUAUAAUGGAGGGAAAGUUCCACAAGCUUUGGCCAAGGAAAGAACGAAAAUUAUUCCUCUUUGAGAAAGCAUUAUUACUGACGAAGCCCAGGCCACAUGAUAAAUAUAUGGUGAAAGCAUGUAUUCCGUUGAAUCUUAUUUAUGUCAACAUUCAUGAAACUAAAGAUGACAUCAUGAUGAUGACUACGAUUUCGUCAUCUUUAAGCUCAAAAAAUAAAAAACCAAUCCAAUAUCGUGCUGAAAACAGAACCAUUUGCUGUCGGUGGGUCAAUGAAAUGAAGCAAAGAAUAAAAUCAAUGAACGAGGAUCCAUGA